CAUCGUUCUACUGAAUAGAAGCCCGUUGCAUGCUCCAAGAACUGUAAAUUUGUCAUCUCAAUGUUCAAGAACUUCAAAGCAAAAAAUGUGUCGCUCUUCGAGUCCAAACAAUCCAAACCACCUACUGCCGUGGGCAGUGAUCGUGGACAAGAUCUGACCUCCAUCCUGGACCGGUCGCAACGCGCCGACCUCACAGUCUUGGUAGCAGAGAUUGCGGAAUCAAUGCGUGUCGGGCUCCUUGAGAUAUUUGACAGCCCCGAACCAGUCUCUACGACGAAUGAAUAUUCUCCAAGUCAAAGCCCCAGCCCUGAAAAGAACGAAGAGGAAGCGCCACCCCUACCUACCAGGCCACAGGAGUACUCAAGUCCAGCCUCGGGAGAGAGCGCGACACCACGAGACCAGCGACCACGUCCCACGCCUAGGGGGAAUGCUACUGCUGCAGCGGCUAAAGCCCGUGCUAAAAAGAGGACGCUUGCCCAUUUUGAAAAUUGGCGAGAUGCGGUUCUUUUACGAAUUGGCCAAGUCGUUAACAAGGACGAUGAGGUCCAAGAAACUAAAACCGCGGAUGCUGCGAACUAUGACGAUAUCCCAUUACCGGAGGACAAGGAGAGACUGGACAAACUGCGCCAAGUUUACCACCCUAUCGAGACACCACUUCUCCAGCUUCCGAAAGCUACCAGGCUGCUCAUUUUGCAUUCUCUUCUACUACUACUGCUCAGCUUGAAGCACUACUGCGCAUACUCUCGGGUAUUGUUGCUGUAUGUCUCGUCCAGUCUAGAAAUUGACGUGAAAGUGCUCAACGAGAAUGAAGUCCAAGUGGCACGAGGACUACUAGACACUGUUCUGGCACUCUCACAAGAGCCAGAUGGCAAAUCGGAGCCUAAGAAGAAAGACAAUAGUCGAGCAUGGAAAGUCGGCAUUGCAUCCGUCGCCGGUGCUGCUCUUAUUGGUAUUACCGGUGGUCUUGCAGCGCCUUUGGUAGCCGCGGGUAUUGGAGGUAUCAUGGGCGGGCUUGGGCUCGGUGCUACAGCCGCGGCCGGAUAUCUGGGUGCUCUUGCUGGUAGCAGCGUGCUGGUCGGUGGUCUCUUCGGUGCUUAUGGCGGCCGUAUGACCGGUCGCAUGAUGGACAAGUAUGCCCGCGAGGUUGAAGACUUUGCAUUCAUUCCCAUCCGAGGAGCACAGAAGCAGAAAACGGAGAAUGAGAGCGAGGCAGCUCAACAGGACCACCGUCUUCGGGUCACGAUUGGUGUUACCGGAUGGGUGAAAGAAGAGUCCGACUUUGUGGUUCCAUGGCGCGUCCUCGGGGCUGACUCGGAGGUGUUUGCCCUGCGCUGGGAGACUGAAUCCUUGUUGAACCUCGGGAACGCGAUCUCUGCGCUGGUAACCAGUGCUGCAUGGUCGGUCGCAGGACGAGAAAUUCUCAGUCGAACAUUUUUUGCGACCGUCAUGAGCGCGGUGAUGCUGCCAAUGGGUCUCAUGAAAGUCGCUCGGGUGGUUGAUAACCCUUUCAGUGUUGCCAAGUCUCGAGCUGACAAGGCUGGUGAGAUUCUAGCCGACGCACUUAUCAAUAAAGCGCAGGGUGAACGACCCGUCACGUUGAUUGGUUAUUCCCUUGGGUCUCGCCUGAUUUACUCUUGUCUGCAAAGCCUAUGUCGACGAAGCGCAUACGGGCUCGUCGAGUCCGUCAUCUUCUUGGGAUCUCCGACCCCAUCAGAAAGCGAGGCUUGGCGCCGUAUUCGCAGUGUCGUUAGUGGCCGAGUUGUCAAUGUCUACUCUGAGAAUGAUUCCGUUCUUGCGUUUCUCUACCGGACCAGCAGUCUCCAGUACGGCGUCGCUGGACUGCAGCCCAUCCAAGGUGUUCCUGGUGUCGAGAACCUCAAUGUCAGUGAGAAGAUUAGUGGCCACCUCCGGUACCAGUACCUGCUCGGAAGCAUUCUCGCGUCCAUUGGGCUACAAGAUCUUGACCAGAGUGAGAUUGAACGUGAAGAAGCUGCCUUGGCGGAUGAAGACAAGAAACAAGAAGAAGAGCGAGUUCGCAAUGAGCGGGAGGCAGGAGUAAAAGAUGAGGAUCCGUCUGCUGCGGCUGAGAAGCUUAAAAGCGAGGAAGGCUUUGAGGAAGAGGGUCGAAUGCAGAAACAGGUGGAAACACAGACCGAGGAGCAGAUGACCCAUCAUAGGAUACAGAUGCUGGAUUUGGAUGAUGACGAUUACUCUUCGCCUUUACCAAAUCAGUCGGGGAAAUAUUCAGCUAUCUAGACGUGGUGGCUUCUCUGGCUAAGAUGAACACCAGUUGUCCUAUCUUAUUGCGGUACACUUUAAUUCCCGCACAUUUCAUGUAAUUCGAAAACACUGUCGAUACACGUAAACAGCAAUUGUUCAUACUCCAUUUCCCGAAAGACCAA